GUUGCAGAAUGCUCGCAAGCAGAGUAUGUGUUUUUUUCUAUCAUCUUUCUACAGAUGGCUGAUUGUCGACUCCGUGGAUAUCAUAGUCGAGUUCUAUUUUGCAGACUCGAACCUGCCGUUCGAUAAGUUCAUGUGGAGCCUCCACACCGCAAAUGCGGAACACUGGGUACCCAUCAAAACUGUCUCUUCGUUCAAGCGCAUGCGAGAGUAUGUGUCGAACGGCCACGAGUGGAUAGUGAAGGCCUUACGGACAAGCAUGGAGCUGGAAGUAGAUGAAGCUGGUGAAAAUGCGAGGCGUCGCACUGAGGUGCAACCACCGAAGGGUCAGUUUGAGAGAAGUAUCUACGCGAAAGGGUUUGGCGACGAGACCUCCGAUCUGCAGAAAAAGUUGGAAGAAUUUUUCAACCAGUAUGGAGAAACGAAUGCUGUCAGAAUGCGUCGUGUAGACGGGAACAAGCAGUUCAAGGGAUCGGUCUUCGUCGAAUUUGCAGAGAUGAAAUCCGCGGAAGCAUUCCUAAAUGCUGAUCCUAAACCAUCUUGGGAUGGUGCAGAGCUGCUGAUCAUGUCCAAGGAGGCCUACUGCGAUAUGAAAAUCAAAGAAAAGGGUCUUACUGGCAAAACCGCCGAAAUGCGCAAGGACAGCAUGGCAAGCCGGAAGGGAUUCAAUGCGUUCCAGGAGAUGCAGGACGAGAAAAAGGGGAAGGGUCAAAAGGGUAAAGACAAGCCCAACCCCGAAGUCUGGCUCGAGUUUAUGGGGUCCAAGAUUCGUGUGCAGGAGGAAGAUGGCGGCAGCGUGAAGAGUGAAAAUGUGCCAUAUAUCAGGGGCGCAACAAUGAAGUUCACUGGCUGUGGUGGUGAUGCUAACUUUACAGAGAUGAAGACUCCUUUGAGAGAGCGUUUUGCCCGGGUACCAUACAUCCAAUUCUCAAAAGGAGAUGAUUUUGGUCUCGUCGGAUUCGACAAAGCCUUGACGGAAGAUGAGAUCGACUACGUGAAGACCAGCCUGAAGACUGUGAAUUCCAAUGAAGUUCAGUGGUCUAUACCGGAAGAGGAAGAAGAGAAAAAAUUCCAAAUCGAUCGUGCCAACUUUGCUGCGCGAUCAGCUCUCUCGCGUUCUCAAGACCGAAAAGGUGGUUCAUCACGAGGUGGACGAGGACGGGGGGGUGGACGCGGGGGUCGGGGUGGCAGAGGAGGGGGCCGUGGUGGCAGAGGUGGAAGCCGUGGUGGAGGUCGCAGUGGCGAGAAAAGCCAGCCCGCCGCAACAUCUGAGGAACAGAGCGGAGAAAAGCGCAAACGGGCCAUUGAGCCUGAUGGUGGCCCUGAUACUGGCGUUCGUGGUCAGGCCAUCCCCACGAUUGCGCCAUCAAAAAAAGCAAAAACGGAUGCUACAUUAUAGUAAUAUCUGGUAAGCUGUGUGUAUUAUGUGUGCAGUUGUACUUUUGGGCGUCUUGAAAGAUAACGUCUGUUAUGACUUUCAGUACUCGUACUCAAUAUUAUUAUAUUGUUACUGCAGAAAAGACAACGAUACGGAGGAAUCAGAACACAAACAGUUGAUGCAAAUAAUAAUAGGAACAUCAGAAAAAAAGCCAAGGAUCCCAACUUCGCAUAGGACAUGUAUUGUUGAUCAAGGGAGUGAUUAGAUCGAUAAGAUACGGCGAUAAAAUACUAGGGCGCAUGUCUUAUUAUAGUUAGGAAAGCUGUGUAAAAGCUGUGUGGCG